GACACCGAAGCUUGAAAAUAGCUCGCUGAGCUGGGAAAACAGCCACCCCACUCCGCCCACCAACAUAUCCCCUCGAGGACUUCUUUCCCCCCCCCCCCCCCUAUCCCCCCCUCAUACAUACGCAUUGGAGGCCCAGCCGGCACCCACGCUUUUAAAAAUAGAACAAAAUUAAUACACUGAACGAAAUCGGGCGUUGAAAAUGGUAACGAUGAAUUCAGAAGCGGACAAAACUCAAGCCACCAGUGCAGCCAGCAGCGCAGCCGUCAAGCAGCCAGCCGUAGCAGUAGCAGUAGCCCCACCAUCACCAGCAGCAGCAGCAGCAGCAGCGACGGCAGCGCCGGCUGAGGCAGCAGCAGCAGCAGCGACGGACUGCAAUGCGAUCACCAUAACGCUGCCAAACGGUAAUAAUAACGGGAUUCAUAUAGAAAAUGAAACGGAAACAGCAACAAAAACAAUAGCAACAACAUCUGCAACAUCUGCUGCAGCUGCAGCUGCAACACCUAAAAAAGUUGCAACAUCAGCAGCAGCAGCAACUGCAACUGCAACUGCAACUGCAACUGCAACUGCAACUGCAACUGCAACUGCAUCGGCAACUGAAGCUGCAACAACAACAAACUGCAGUGGCAUGCCACCCCCCUUGGCUAAAACGGUAAAUGCUGCCGCCUCCGCCAGCAAAGCCACCACCUCCUCCACCACCUCGUCCUCCACGUCGGCGGCAGCCGCUUCCGCAUCCGCAUCCGCAUCCGCUACUGCAGCGCAGCAGGCGGGCAGCAAGCAGAGCGGCAGCAGCGGCGGCCUGUUAACCGUUAGCGGGAAUCAUCAUCAUCAUCAUCACAAUUCGCAGUCGGCGUCGCAGUCGGCAGCGCAGCGGGAUCCACCGCAGUCGGCGUCGACGCUGGCAGUGCCGACAGUGUCGCAGCAGCGUGGCAGCAAAAACGAAGAUGCCCCAAAUAUUUUAGUUUACAAAAAGAUGGAGGCCAUUAUCGAGAAGAUGCAGGCGGAGUCGACGGGCGUGGCCGUGAGGACUGUGAAGGCGUUUAUGAGCAAAGUGCCAUCGGUGUUCACCGGAGCGGACCUUGUGGCCUGGAUCCUGAAGAACUUCGAUGUGGAGGAUGUGACGGAGGCCCUGCACUUUGCCCAUCUGCUCAGUUCCCAUGGCUAUAUCUUUCCGAUCGACGAUCAUGCCCUGACAGUUAAGAACGAUGGCACUUUCUACAGAUUCCAGACCCCCUACUUCUGGCCCUCGAACUGCUGGGAGCCUGAGAACACCGACUAUGCCGUCUAUUUGUGCAAAAGGACGAUGCAGAACAAGACCCGCCUGGAACUGGCCGACUACGAAGCCGAAAACUUGGCCAAAUUGCAGAAAAUGUUUUCACGCAAAUGGGAGUUCAUUUUCAUGCAGGCCGAAUCACAGAGCAAAGUGGCCAAGAAGAGGGACAAGCUGGAGCGGAAGGUUUUGGAUUCGCAGGAGCGAGCCUUCUGGGAUGUCCACCGGCCGAUGCCGGGUUGUGUCAACACCACCGAGAUCGAUAUUAAGAAGGCCUAUCGGCGGGGCGGCUCCAGCCAUGGCACUGGCUCUGCCGGAGCCUCCUUGGCAAAGAAUCCUGUGGAGCAGCUCACCAGGAUAAUUGCCCUGCGGAAGCAGAAGCUCGAGCGGCGCACAAUCAAAGUGUCCAAGGCAGCCGAGGCUCUGGUUGCCUACUACGAUCAGUACAAUGAGUUCGAUUACUUUAUAACCUCGCCAGAGUUGCCAAAUCCCUGGCAAACGGACAGCACCGAAAUGUGGGAUACGGAGAAGAAUAGCAAAGAAGUUCCUGUACGGCGCGUGAAGCGCUGGGCUUUCAGUUUGCGCGAAUUGCUGAAUGAUGCCAUUGGUCGUGAACAGUUUACCAAAUUCCUCGAAAAAGAGUACAGCGGAGAGAAUCUCAAAUUCUGGGAAUCUGUGCAGGAAAUGAAGGCCCUGCCCCAAUCAGAGAUCAAGGAGGCUAUCCAGAAGAUCUGGCAAGAGUUCCUCGCUCCGGACGCCCCCUGUCCGGUGAAUGUGGAUUCGAAAUCCGUCGAACUGGCCCGCGAGGCAGUCAACUCCCCCAACGGACCGAAUCGCUGGUGUUUCGACGUCGCCGCCUCCCACGUCUAUCAUCUCAUGAAGAGCGAUUCAUAUUCGAGAUAUCUUCGAUCUGAUAUGUACAAGGAUUACCUGAACUGUUCCCGGAAGAAGAUCAAGUCCAUACCGAAUCUGUUUGGGGUGAAACGUUGAGAUACGCUCCGGGGAUUCCCCGUCAUCGCCGUGGGCUGAUCCUCACAUCGGAGAAUGGAUAAGUAGAUGGGGGUUAUAUAAUAUAAUAUAUAAUAAAUAUUAUAGUACCCCUAUUGUACUAAUAUAUACAAUAUAGAACAUAUACUAUAUACAGAUAUGUAGGUACUUACAAGUUGUUACUAAUUUAAAUUAGAUCUGCCACUGUGUCGCGUGUUCUCCCGUUUUUUGGAGUGUUUUUUGUGCCAUUUUUGCAUUUGAUUGUUUGUUGAUUGAUUGUGUUACCUCGAAGUGCCCUAAUCCUUAAUUCCUCAACUCCUUAACUCCUCAAAUUCCCCUCCAUAUAUAAUAUAUAUAUACUUUUGCUCUCUAAUAUAUAGCUGUCUCCUUCUAAAUUAGAUGAAAAGCAAAAAUAAAACACCACUUAAGAUGAAAUAAAGAAACUGCCAAAGGCUUGGAUAGGAACUAGAAGCUUUUCGAAAUCGCUAGAGAAUUUCAAACACACAUUUGAGAGACCUCACAACUAAAAGCAAUGAUGGUAUUAGAGAAUUUCCAAAAAAAAAAAAAAAAAAACAAUACUAUAUACAUAUAUAUGAUUACUUAAGGUAAAAAUUUCCAAAAAAAAAAAAUAUAUGUGUACUAGUCAUACUCUUAAAGAAAAAAAAAAAAGAAAAACACUCCCCACUCUAUACCCCACCCUCGAAGGUCUUUGAAGAGAUUUCAACCCAAUGUUUUUAAGUCUCUGGCUAUUUUGAAAAAUUUUAUCUUAUUAUUAAUUAAACGAAAAGAAAACCAAACCAAUCCAAAAAACAAAAAAAUAACCAAUUACAACCGAGUACAGAGUUUAAGAGAAGAAAAAAUAACACCAAACAGCCGCCGAGACCUUAUUCUCGUAUACACAUAUUAUACAAAAAAAAAAGCAAAUACGAAUUAUUAAUUAUAAUUAAUAAUAAUUAACCGCAGGAAAACCGAAAACCAAAAAAAUAAACAAUUGUAACCGAAAACACCAACAAUAGGAAGAAAAAAAUAAACCAAAAUAUAGAAAUGCGAAUUAGAAAUUGUCAAAAACAAAAAAAAAACAAAAGAAAUAAAAAAUUAAUUAACAAAUUGUAACCAAAAACACCAAGAAAUAAGCCAAGAAUCGAGAGAAGAAACUCAAGCGGUACUACUUGUAUUCGAAAUAAGUGAAAAUUAGACUACAAAAUAGAAUAUCAAAGCGAUAGAUCAAUUUAAAAAAUUUUAAAAUCGAUUAACGAUUAACGAUAAACGAUAAACGAUAAUUAGCAGACAGCUUUUAGGCGGGGCGACAAAUUUAUUUCUUUUCUCUUUAUAAUUCCCAAUCAGAAAAUGCGAAUUAAGUUCCUUUUUGGGUGUCUUGAUUUUCUAUGUUCCUUCUCGCUCCCACACAGACACUCAUACACACCCAUACACACACACCCCCCCACAUAACAUAUCGUUAAGACACUAGAAGAAAAAGUUGUGUAAGUUAAUGAUUUUUUUUUUUUUUGCUUUUUGUGCGUAAUUGUGUGGGAGAAUGGUUAUUUUUUUGAUUAGGCUAAAAAUAAACAACAAAAAAAUAGGCGUUAAAAAAAAAAGUAAUAGUUAAGAGAAAAUUGAGCCAAGUUCGAUAGUUUGGGGCGGGGGGGAAUUGUCCCCGAAGAGGUGUGUAUGGGGGAGUUUUAGGGUAGAUAGGUGCAAUGGUGUGAUAGCUUAUAGAUUGUUAGAAAAUCAAAAAACAAACAAAAACCGAGAAAUAACGAGAGCUUUACAAACAAAUAAACGGGAUUUGAGAUACUAGAUAACCCCCACCCAGCGAACUUGGUUCUCUCCCUUCAAGGAUUUCUCUCUAAAAAAUAUACACAUAUUUCCAAAUCAGCUAACUGCGUUCAAAAUAAUUCUAAGUCACUUGUCUCAAAGCAAUCAUACGAUUUGAAAUGUUUUUCGCUAGAAUUCCCAACUGGUUCUGGCUUAGAAAUAAAAUUUAAAAUAAUUCUGUAUAUAUUUUAAUAUUGAUUAUAUUUAUGAUUAUUUUGAACGCAGCUAGACAUCAUAUUAUAUAAUAAUAUAUUUAAAUGUGAAACAUCAGCAAUUAGACCUUAGACUAACACACACACACACAUGUAAUUUGCACACACACAAACACUGAAGCACUCAACUCAUCAACAAAAAAUACAAAACUACUAAGUAAUAUAUGUACUACGGCAAACUAAGUGUAUUUAAAAGAAAAAAAAAAUGGAAAAAUUAAUUAGGAUCGUAUCGGAACGGCCUAGGAUUUUUGUGUGUGUGUGUCUAUUUAAUUGUAACUUUAAUUGUACGUUUGUAAAUGGUGUCUAAAAAAACAAAUAAGAAAGGAAAAUAAUUAACAAGCAAAUAAUAACUAUAACUAUUACGAUAAAUAUACAAAAUAUGGAGUAUUCAGAAGGGGGCGAAUAGAAGAGUAAAAAUCGAAAAGAAUAUAUAUAUAAAAAUACGAUAUAUGAUACCACAUAUAUAUAUAUAUCUUGAUGUGCGUCUGUGUGUUGGUAGUGACAAAAAAAAAAAAGAAUUGCAAAUUAAAUCAAUUAAAAAUAAAAAA